AUGAGCGAGUCCGAGCCACGCGCGCCUGUGCCUGCUUCCACCAUAUCCAAUGACGCAAACGAUCAGCCUACGACUCGAGCAAAUAGCAGGGAUAUUGGGAAUGAGCCGGCGCCGAUUCCAGAUGUGCAAGGAGGAGGAGAGGUCGAUGUGGGAGGAGUGGGACCCGGGACCGAGGAGAUAUCUGCAUAUUUCAAGCUCGAGUCGGCGCUUUUCACCUAUUAUUGCCAAACGCUGGUCGUGACGAUUGGAAGGCGGCCCCCUAUUGCGUCCAAGGGGGGAGUAGAUCCGCCACCCAAUGGGGGUGGGAGCGGGAGUGGGGGCGGAGAGUCGGGCCAACAAGACGGACUGUUGCCUCCGCACGAGAUCCUUACCCUCUCAGGCCCCUCGGGGAACACUCAAUCAGAAGGCUCGAAUAAUGGGAUGAAUGGCAAUGGGAAUUCCGGGUCCGCCGUCGUCGAUGUUGAUCUUGGUCAACUCAAGUCGGUUUCUCGUCUCCACGCACGCAUUGAAUACGACGAGACCGAAGCUUGCUUUGUAUUGGUUGUUCUCGGAAGGAAUGGCGCAUGGGUUGAUGGAGAGUGGUAUGGCAGCGGGCGCAAAGCUCCAUUAACAGCUAGAUCGCGAAUACAAAUUGCCACGCGUGUCUUUUACUUUGUCCUUCCCGAUACAGCUCCCCCACGUUCUCCUUCCCCAGAUUCUCAAUGCUCUCCCCAUUCCCAUUCUCGCUCGAGGUCUCAAUCCCGUACUCGUUCUCUGGACGGGUCUAUAUCCAUCGUGCGAAAUACACCGCCUCGUCGGCGAUCUCCCUCGGUCGAUAUCAUGUCUGUUGCUUCAGCCGAGUCUGGAGAUGAGACUCAAUGGGUCGAUGUUGAGCCCCCGCCACAGCCUGUGCCAGCCAAAGGAACCAGGAAGCCAGUAGCAGUCAAGGGGGUAGGAAUUGGGAAGGGCAAGGGGAAAGAGAAGUCCCAGGACAAGGACAAGGGUGCUCACGUAGACGUGGCGCCAAUUCGAGCCAAGGGAGGCAAGGGCAAAGGAAAGGGCAAGGCUCCAGCUGCAUCUCGAGACCACAAGCGCAAGCAACCCGAUCCGGAACCUUCCACGUCCAAAUCGGUGCCGGUUGCGUCAAAGGCUCCGUCCAAGUCUGUUACAGUGAUCAAGGGAGCCCCAUCCUAUUUGCCCACACCCGAGUCUGGCACAGAGCCUCCACCACAACGGCCAGCUAUCACGUUUGCGACACAUUGCUACCAUGCGAUUAGAGCUCUUGGUGGAAGGGCAACCUUGGCCGAGAUUUGUCAGUGGAUGAGAGAGCAGUAUGAGUGGUUUACAAGUGCAGAGGGCCUGGCGACGAAUUGGGAGUCAUCCGUCAGACAUAAUCUAUCGUCAAACAAGGCUUUCGUAGCGCAUAAGCGAAAAGAAGGGGAAAAGGGCAAAGGAUUCUACUGGACAUUUGACCCUGCCUGUGAGGCUAGUUUUCUCGAACGGGAACGGAAAGUACGGCCAGCGCCUAAUCAAUCCACUUCGGCCCAAUCUCAACCCCAGCCUCCCACUCUCCCCCCUCUGGCGGACGAUGGUACAGAUGGAUCUAUCGACGUUGAAGCUGAAGAGGAAGAAAUCCGAGGCACUGGUCCUCCACGACGAAUCGACACUUCGACUGUUAUUGAUGAAGCCAAGCGACGCCGUGCGGAAAAGGAGGAACGUCGGAGGCUCAAAGCCGAGAAACGGGAACGACGGGAGCGGAGAGAAAAAGAACGAGCGAUGAAAGCCGCCAAGCGCCUCGCUGCAGCUGGUGGACCGUCUGCCGUGCCUUCUGGCCAGCCUCCACCAUUCUUCUUCCCACCUUAUGGGCAACCGUACCCAUUCCCACCGUUUGUUCCACCUCAGCCAACCGGAGAGAAUGGGGCACCCCCUGCUCCUGCGCCAUUUAUGAUGAAAGGACCCGAUGGUCAGAUGAUCCCUAUGCCAAUGCCCCCGCCGUAUAUGGUCCCAGGUCCGGAUGGGCAAAUGAUACCCAUGCCAAUGCCCCCAUACAUGAUGGGCGCACCCAAUAUGGGAGGGAAAGACGGGAAACCCGAAAACGGGCAGCUACCGCCUCAACCGUUUAUGGUCAAAGGACCAGAUGGCCAGAUGAUUCCUGCUCCUGCCCCACCCUAUGGUUUUCCUCCGUAUGGGUAUCCGUACUAUUUACCUCAAGGGCCAUAUUGGAUGCCAUAUGCGGCGCCAGACGAAAAGAAAGAUGCUGGAGGAUCUCCGACGGUCGUCAAGAGGGAAGAAAUAGACGAGGAAAAGACUGUCAGUCCUCAGCCACAUGCCCCUCCAUGGAUUAUGCCACACGGUAUCAUGCCUUAUCCCCCUCCCCAUCAUGUGGGCAUGCCUCUCGGCACUCCUGCGCCUGUUCCUUCUCCAGGGACGAGCGGGGAGGUCCCCCCUUCCGCUUCGCAAGUCUCUGCGUUAAAUGUGGCCGCUCCCGCACCUGUUACAUUAGCACCUCCCGGACCAAGUCUGGCACCGACUAUGAGUCCUGCGCCGACUAUGGCUUUGCCUAGUCCUGCUCUUGGGUUAAGUCCUAGUCCAGUACCCGUUUCGGGCCCAACUCCUGGGACCAGUCUCAAUCAGGUUCCUAUGACUGGAUUGAGCCCCGUUCCUGUAGCCCCUGCUGUAGUUGUUUCGCCGCCGCCCCCACUCUCACCUGCGUCUGUCCCUGUUUCUGCUCCCACCCCUAUGGUAUCUACAACUGCACCCUCUGCACGUGUAUCUAUGCCUAUGCCGGUACCGACACCACCUGCGCCGACUACCCCUGUCACUCUCACACCAACUGCACUGACAGCCUCUGCUCCUGCUCCUGCUCCUAUGUCUGCACCGACACCCACUCCAACUCCACAAACUCCUGCACACGCCUCAACAUCCAGUGCCGACCUCUCCAAAGUCUCGAUACCCAUAGUCGUCGCCCCCCUGCCAGACUCGUACGUUCCUCCGCCAGGCAGUACACCUACGCCCUACAUGGUAUUACACGAGCAGAAACUAUGGUUGUCUCCAGAGGUAUUUGGUAAACUCACGGAAGAACGAUUGGCCGAACUAAGAAAGUUGGGCAUGCGAGAGGUGAUAAGCACUCUACAAGCCGACAUCGUGCAAUAUCUCAAGCUCAAGAUGCGCUCAGGCCCAGGCGCGGGCUUGGGGACAAAUGCACGUGGCCGGGGGAGAGGAAGAGGCCGGGGACGCGGAGGUGUGACAUCCAGACCAGCCCCUGGAACUGCGUCAUCUACUCUUGGAGAAACACUAUCCGUCGCAGUUCCUAAUAUAGGCACAUCUGAGCCGAGUUCGAGCGGAUCUCUACCUACCGAACAAGAAGCAAUGGUCUCCGGCGACACGGGCUCCCCCAAUCAACAAACCAACAAACCUAUUGGCCCGCCCCCGAACGUGGACGGUGCGCUCCCCACGGACGAAUCCGGCUUGAACAUCACCCCCGCAGAGAUAUCACACGCCCCGGCCAUUUCCACUGGUAUUGUCCGUGCACGAGAAGGCGACGAUGAGAUUGCCCCAGAGCCGAAGAAACUCAAAUCGGAUGUGAUUGGGACGGCCUGA